CUUGCCACUGUUUCACCACUACCCAGGAAGCAGGCACCUGGGCUGCCAGCUCACUCCCUGCACACUGCCGGCUCCAGCGUCCUCCGAAGAGGCAAGAGCGGACCCGUCGAAGGGAAGGCAGGGCACUGGGGAGCACUUCGCCCCUGGACAGGCGGGAGCAGCGCGGAGGGCGGGUGGCACGUGGCGGCGUGGGGUGCCGGGGGGGUGGGAUGCGGCUGUGCGAGCGAAGUCUCCCACCGGCGCGCCGGCGUGGUGCCCUCCUGCUGCUGGGUGCCCUGCUGCUGGUGGCUGCCCUGGCCCUCCACAGCACCAGCCAGACCUGCCCUGACGGCCAUCACGCCACUGCCCCCAACAACCCCCGCUGCCGCCAGCGUCUCUACCAGGCACUGGAGCUCUCCCCCAGACAGAGGAUCAACUGCUCACGGAUCAUCCGUGGGGAUGAGAAAGCCAUCCAGGAGGCCCAGCUGAGCAGCCUGGAGGUGGUGCACCAAAGGGUUUCCCUGACACCAAGUGACUACCUGAACAUGACAAAGGACUGCGGCAACUUCAAGGCGACCCGGCGGUUCAUCGAGUUCCCACUGAGCCAGGAAGAGGCAGAGUUCCCCAUUGCCUACUCCAUGGUCAUCCACGACAAAAUUGAGAUGUUUGAGCGGCUCCUGCGAUCCAUCUAUGCCCCUCAGAACAUCUACUGUGUCCACGUUGACAGCAAGUCUCCAGCUGACUUCCAGGAGGCCGUGCGGGCCAUCGUAGCCUGCUUCCCCAACGUCUUUGUGGCCAGCCGCCUGGAAAGUGUGGUCUAUGCCUCCUGGUCCCGGGUGCAGGCUGACCUCAACUGCAUGCAGGACCUCUUGCAGAGGCCUGUGCAAUGGCGCUACAUCCUCAACACCUGUGGCACUGAUUUCCCCAUCAAGACCAAUGCUGAGAUUGUCCAUGCCCUGAAGGUCCUAAACGGGCAGAACAGCAUGGAGUCAGAGAAGCCCUCGGCCUUCAAACAGGAGCGCUGGAAGUACCAUUAUAAAGUGGAGAAGGUCAUCUCCCGGACAGCCACGCAGAAAGCGCCACCACCCCACAGCUUUCCCAUGUUCACAGGCAAUGCGUACAUUGUGGUCACGCGGGAUUUUGUGCAGCACAUCUUCGAGAACCCCACAGCACAGAGGUUCCUUGAGUGGGCCAAGGACACCUACAGCCCCGACGAGCACAUCUGGGCCACCCUCAACCGCAUGCCCGGCGUGCCGGGUGCCAGGCCUCAGAAUGACAAGUUCCACCUCUCAGACAUGAACGCCCUGGCCCGCCUGGUCAAGUGGGAGUACCUGGAGGGUGACACCAGCAAAGGCGCGCCUUACCAGCCCUGCACCGGCAAGCACCAGCGCUCCGUCUGCAUUUACGGGGCGGGCGACCUGGCCUGGAUGCUCCAGCAGCACCACCUCUUGGCCAACAAGUUCGAUCCUACGGUGGACGAUGUCGCCAUCCAGUGCCUCGAGGAGCACCUGCGGCACAGUGCGCUCUACGGCCGGGGGCUCUGAGGGGAGGCCGCGGAGAGCCCGGGCAGCACCCGCCGCCGUCCCUGGCCGAGGCUGCCCGGCGGCGCGUCAGAGGCGGCAGGAGGGGCCGCAGAACCGCUUCCUGAGGCGGCGCGUGACCCGCUCUGGCGGGGGGAUCCCUCCGCGGGACGGGC